AUGAGAAAUCUUAGAGAUCUCUUUAAGGAGCAGGCCAGGAUUGAGAGGUAUGAGACCCUUAAGUCCAUAUUGCAAAGCAAGCUCGAAAAGGGGAAACCAGUGGGGCCACAUGUUUUCCACAUGAUAGGCCUGUUUGACAGGAUGGCUCGACUUGGGAACCCCUACAAUGUUGAGAUGGCUACAGAUAUGAUCCUGUAUUCCUUACAUGAUGGAUUUGCCAAUUUCAGGCAGAUGUAUCACAUGGGAGCCAUGGGUAAGACCCUCAAUGAGCUGCAUGCUAUGCUCAAAACUGCUGAGCAAAAUGUCUUGGUUGAACCUAGGAAGGAUGUUCUUAUGGUCAACAAAGGGAAAGGGUUUAAGAAAGGGCCACAGAAGAAGCAACAGUCUCAAGGGAAGGGCAAGACAGUUGUUCCACCUAAGGGAAACACACCUAAAAUAAAGGUGGCUGCUGAGCAUGACUGCUUCUACUGCAAGGCUAAGGGGCACUGGAAGAGAAACUGCCCCAAAUAUCUGGAAGAUAAGAAGAGGGGUGCCUCUGCUUCAGGGACUACGAAAUAGGAGACGGUUGCAGAAGGGUGAGAUAGAUCUUCGCGUUGGAAAUGGAGCAAGAGUUGCUGCACUUGCCAUUGGAGAUUAUAGUCUACCGCUACCU